CGCAGCGAGAGCCGGGGAGGAGGCGCGGGAAGGCGCGCCGGGAGUAGAGUGCCGGAAGAGGAAAGCUCUCGCUGGGGCCGCGAGUGCGGCGGCGCUCACGCCGGCGGCUACGGAGCUGGCAGGUGCGAGGCGUCUGCACCUGACGGGCGAUGGCGCCCGGUGCAGGCGCCCCGGGGUAGCUCGGGCGAGGCUGUGGGUCCCCGGCGCACACGCCCGCACCCCUCCCUGGGCUUGGCGAGGGCCCUGCCCGACCCAGGCAGCAAUGGGGCUCCUGCAGCUGCUGGUCCUAGCGGUGCUGGCAUCGGAACGUCGGGUGGCUGGUGCAGCCGAGGUCUUCGCGAACUUCAGCGAGGGUCUUAUUGAAUUUUCUGUGGGGAAAUUUAGAAUCUUCGAGCUCAAUAGGCCCUUUCCAGAGGAGGCUAUUUUACAUGAUAUUUCAAACAAUGUGACUUUUCUUAUUUUCCAAAUACACUCACAGUAUCAGAAUACAACUGUUUCCUUUUCUCCGACUCUCCUUCCUAAUGCCUCAGAAACAGGCACUGACAGUGGACUGGUUUUCAUCCUUAGACCAGAGCAGAGUACAUGCACUUGGUACUUGGAGACUUCAGACACAGAACCUGUCCAGAAUAUGGCUAUCCUCCUCUCCUACUCAGAAAGAGAUCCUAUCCCUGGAGGCUGUAAUUUGGAGUUUGAUUUAGAUAUCGAUCCCAACAUUUACUUGGAGUAUAAUUUCUUUGAAACGACUAUCAAGUUUGCCCCAGCAAACCUAGGCUACGCGAGAGGUGCAGAUCCCCCAUCAUGUGAUGCUGGGACAGACCAGGACUCCAGGUGGAGGUUGCAGUAUGAUGUCUAUCAGUAUUUUCUGCCUGAGAAUGACCUCACUGAGGACAUGGUGCUGAUGCAUCUGCAGAGGAUGGUCACGGUGCCCCAAGUGAAGGCCAGUGCUCUCAAGGUGGUUACCUUAACAGCUAAUGAUAAGACAAGCAUUUCCUUCUCCUCCCUCCCGGGACAAGGUGUCAUAUACAAUGUCAUUGUUUGGGAUCCAUUUCUAAAUACAUCUGCUGCGUAUGUUCCUGUUCACACAUAUGCUUGCAGCUUUGAGGCAGGAGAGGAUAGUUGUGCUUCCCUAGGCAGAGUGUCUUCCAAAGUGUUCUUCACUCUUUUUGCCCUGCUUGGUUUCUUCAUUUGUUUCUUUGGACACAGAUUCUGGAAAACAGAAUUAUUCUUCAUAGGCUUUAUCAUCAUGGGAUUCUUCUUUUAUAUACUGAUUACAAGACUUACACCUAUCAAGUAUGAUGUGCGUCUGAUUCUGACAGCUGUCGCCGGAAGUGUCGGUGGAAUGUUCUUGGUAGCUGCGUGGUGGCGAUGUGGAAUCCUCUCGAUCUGCAUGCUCUGUGUUGGACUAGUGCUGGGGUUCCUCAUCUCGUCAGUGACUUUCUUUACUCCACUGGGAAACCUAAAGAUUUUUCACGACGACGGUGUAUUCUGGGUCACUUUCUCUUGCAUAGCUAUCCUCAUUCCAGUAGUUUUCAUGGGCUGCCUAAGAAUACUGAACAUACUGACUUGUGGAGUCAUUGGCUCCUAUUCAGUGGUUUUAGCCGUUGACAGUUACUUGUCCACAAGCCUUUCCUACAUCACUUUGAAUGUACUCAAGAGAGCACUCAACAAGGAUUUCAGCAGAGCUUUCACAAAUGUGCCUUUUCAAACUAAUGACUUUAUUAUCCUGGCAGUAUGGGGCAUGCUGGCUGUAAGUGGAAUUACAUUACAGAUUCGAAGAGAGAGAGGACGACCGUUCUUCCCUCCCCAUCCAUAUAAGUUAUGGAAGCAAGAGAGAGAGCGCCGAGUGACAAAUAUUCUGGACCCUAGCUACCACAUUCCUCCUUUGAGAGAGAGGCUCUAUGGCCGAUUAACCCAGAUCAAAGAGCUCUUCCAGAAGGAGCAGCCAGCUGGAGAGAGAACGCCCCUGCUUCUAUAGAUGCCCAGGGGGUUGGUCAGUGUGCCUCAGCUUUGGCGUUCAUGCCCGAAGUGCUUCACCAAUCUCUGGUGCAAGUCUAAUAAAAGAUCAGGCAUAUAUAUCUGUGCUUUGCAUAAUAUUAUGGUGCCCUUAUGGAUAUAUGGUAAGGGUAUACUAGGGGAUUAGGAUUAUUCUAAGAGAAUGAGAAAGAUGACCAAAAAGUUAUGGUAGGGAAGCUUUUCCUUAUUUCCAAAUAUUUGAGAUUACCUUUUGGUUUACAACUUAUUCCAUUAAAUAGAUACAUUUAAAAAAUUAAAAACUGAUUCUCCUGCAGA